AAGGGAGGUGUUGUUGUUUACCAGAAUUUUGACUCCACGUCACUUGUGUGCAAAAGUUUCACAAAAUUGUAUUUUUAAUUAAAAAAAGCUAAAUAUUCCAACUAAAAUUUAGAAGAAGUUGUGUAUUUAUUUGUUCCCUGUGCAAUAAAAUCUCCCAGAUCAGAAUGAGUCGUCAAUCGAAUGAUGUGGAUGAAUUAUUUGAUAUUAAAAAUUCCUUCUACAUCGGAAACUAUCAACAUUGCAUCAAUGAAGCCAACAAGGUCGCAAAAGCAUCGCUGGAAAAGGAUGUCUUCAUGUAUCGGGCCUAUAUCGCCCAGAAUAAGUAUCGUGUCGUGCUGGAUGAAAUAAAGCCCAACAAUGACACCCCUCUGCUGGCGCUUCGCUUCUUGGCUGAAUAUCUGUCCAGUAAAUCGCGCCGGGAGCCGAUCGUGGAGCUGUUUGAUGAAAAGUUCAAAGGCGACAUUAGCGAGACAGACGUGAUUUGGAUUAUUGUCGGUGCCACCAUUUACUGCAACGAGGGAACGUACGAAUCUGCUCUCAAAAUCUUACAAGGCAAUUUCAACCUGGAAUGUCUGUCGCUGCAGUUGCAAUGUCUGCUGAACAUGUCUCGAGUGGACUUAGCCAAGCAAGUAUUACAGACCAUGCAGGAGAAGGAUGACGACGCCACCCUCACCCAGCUUUCCCAAGCCUGGUUGAACAUCCAACUCGGCGGAGAGAAACUUCAGGACGCUUUCUUCAUUUUCCAAGAUUUCUGCGAUAAAUUUUCACCAUCGUUGCUUCUGCUUAACGGACAAGCAGUUUGCUACAUCGGCCAGCAAAAGUACGACGACGCCGAGAACGUACUGCGAGAAUGCUUGAAUCGAGACCCCAAUAAUUACGACGCGUUGAUCAACUUGCUGGCGCUGUCGCAGCAGAAGGAAAAAACCAACAGCCAGUUCAAUCGGUAUCUGUCGCAGGUGCUCGAUGAACACAAGGACAGUGCCCUUGUGUCGACGUACAACAAGAAGCAGUCAGAAUUUGAUCGAUUGGUGUUGCAGUAUGGGCCGUCUAAUAACAAAUCUGCACAGGAGAUUGUCGCAUAGACAAAUACCUAUAUAAUUAAUGAUGAAUAAAUAUUGAAAUUCCAUUAUGAUAA